CGAAGAGCUACGGGACGCCCGAAAGGAGAGUAACAAGACUGGAAAGCUGCGAACGAUUUUCGAUGUCGAGCUUUGUGAGCUGGUCGGCGCACGUGUGCGUAGCAGAAUGCACGCCAUUGUGCGUCUGCUUUUCGGCUCACGAGGGAUCCGAUCAUCCAAAGUUUUCUACCCAUCGCACCGCGUACGCUUCCCACAGAACGUCAGCAUCUCUGGUGUGACAGUACAAUGGGCCACAUUGAUCAUCACCUCGCCUUCUCUGCCUGGCGAUGUGGAGGAACAAGACAAUGUUGCACAAUCUCAGGCACUUCUCGGCGAUUUAGCUAAGGCUGACGAGGAGCUCUUCGCAAAGCUCUUUGAACCAUCUGAGGACGCGGAGGUGUUGCUCGACAAGGUCCUGUGUGCACUGGAAGCACGAGGUGGCUUUUGGACAGCUGCUGCACAUCGGUCACGUCCUCAUCCGCGCAACUUGCAUCCUGACAAGCGGCCCGAAUUUAUGGUCCAGGGUGUUUUUCCAAAGCCUUUCCUAGAUCGAUGUCUCCGAUACAGGGGGGCAAGCCACUGUGUUUUGCCCAACGACAUUGACUCGGAGGAUCGCGCAUCACUGAUUACGGCAACCUCAGCACAGCAAAGCGCAAUUCUGCAAGAAGCGAAUCGGGACAACCUUCAAGGCUUCAGCAUUGGCGUCACGCUCGAGCCAAUCAAUACAGGCUUACCAUGGGAGUCGUCUGGAGUUGGCGUAAUGGCGGGUGCAGCAGCAGCUGGUGGAAUGUGAUGAUCUAGCGGUUGCAGGGAAGCAAUUUUUCCGCGAUUCUGCCUU